CAAACUCAUAACCGACAUGACGCCGCCAACACCGCUGAGUGCGAGCAUGAGCUCGAUGAGCCUCAUGAGUAGUGCGUCGUCGCCGGUCAAGAAGCCCAAGAAAGAGCCGAGCGUCAUCUUGCUGCCCAAAGCGCUGCGUUCGAGCGACGAGGCCCAGCGAGCCGAGUCGGCAACCGUCCUCCGCGAGAGCGCGGCCCACGAAGCGUUUGGCAAGAGCCGCAUGGAGGGUUUUGGCUACGUCGAGACGAUCCAGUACAUGCAGAUCCUCGACAGUCACUGCCGGUUUGAGUUGGAGCCGUCGUCGCCGCUCAUGGUCGUGACGGGCCACCCCGCGAGCGGCAAGUCGUCGCUGCUCAUCAACUGGGUCCAGCAGCGCCUGCGCAAGCCGCCGCCGAAUCCUGAAUUCAUUUUCGAGCACUACUGCGGCUGCUCGUACGAAAGCGUCAAGCUCUCGGUGUUUUUGUUUCGCCUCAUGUUUCACCUCAAGGCUGCGUUCUCGCUGCGCGACUUUGAGCUGCCCAACGAGCACGAAGAAGAGAAACUCAAGUUUUCGCUGGCGCGGUGCCUCGAAGGCGCGGUGGGCCACCGCGCGACGAGCCAAAAUGGCAAGCGGAAAAACAUCAUUAUCGUCCUCGACGGCGUCGACAACCUGCGCACCGAAGACGGCGGCGAGAGCCUUUCGUGGCUACCCAACAACCUCCCCGCAGGGGUGCGCAUCUUGAUGUCAGCGACCAAGCCCGCCAAGAGCGCGCAGCUCGCGAGCUGUCGCUGGAUCGUCCGCAAGGAGUAUAGCUACGACAGCGACGACGACCUCAUCUUUGAGUCGACGCUGGCACCGGAUGUGUCGGACACGCACACGAUCAAAGAGCUUCGGCGCCGCAAGGCGGGCUUCGUCACCGUCGAGCCACUGGAUGAGCGCAUGUGUCUCAAGAUCAUUCACGACUACUUGCAGCGGAGCCCUGCGACGAUGGACGACGACGCCAUCCAAACGCUUCUCGAUGGCCGCGGGAGCAGCUCACCCUUGUAUCUGCGGUUCAUCCUGACCAUGUAUGCAUCGAGCCCGGCCAAGGCCGAGUAUCUCCGUCAAGUCCUCAGCAUCUACGACUUUCCAACCUUAUAUGAAUUUGUCUUGCAGCAGUGGCGCGCCGUCUUGCUCGCGGACGUUCAGGAAAACUACGACGCAGUGUGCGCCAAGAACCAGGUACUGCUCGCGCCGUCCGAGAGCCGCAAGCGAGCCAGUCGGCGCGCGUCCGAAGGCUCCUUCGCCGUCGACGACGCCGAGAUCGAGAAAGCCCGGGGGUGCGUCGAGCGCCGCGCUCUCUUGGCUCGCCACGCGCUCUCGCUCUUCACCGUCGCCCGGUUUGGGCUCUCGGAGAAGGACUUUCACCACCUGCUCGAGGACGCCGCGCCACGCACCGUGCGUAUUGUGCUCUUCCAGCUACUCUUGCCGCACCUCAUGGCGAUCCAUCGACCCGACUGCGACGUGGUCUUGUACGACCUGAGCCACAACCAGCUCCGGCUGCUCGCCCGGUAUGGCUUCUUGCGCGACGAUAGCCUCCGGCACGGGUACCACAAGACGAUCGCGACGUACUUUGAGAAAAUGCCCGCGAGCCAGCGCCGCAUUGACGAGCUGCCGGUGCAGCUCGAGUGCUGCAACCUCUGGUCGCAGCUCCAGGCGUGCCUCGUGGACAUGAAAAUGUUUCAGCUCUGGUGGCACGAGCGCAACCGACAGGACUUUCUCGCGUACUGGCGCACGCUGCGCUCGUACUUUAGCAUGCACGAUCCGGUCGACGACUACAUUCACUCGCUCGACGACUAUAUGGAGUUUGAGGGCCCAAGCACCGAAGAGCUCCUCUCCCUCUUCUUGACCAUCACCGAGUUUCUACGGACGUGGCACGCGACCGACGAGAUCAAGGUCGUCAUGCACCGACCGGACCCGCCGCAGCUCAGCGAGUUUAUCAACAGUCAAGGCACGUUCUCGCUCGCGCACUUGAACGACGUCGAGUCCAAGCAGAUCCAAGGGAUCGUCGACUACCUCUGUCCACACGAGGUCGACGACGGGUACUAUGUGCGCCGGUGGCUCUGGACGCAGUUCCCGCUUAUCGCGGUCUCGUUCGAGAACCUCUUUCUCAAGAAAUUCUCGCAUGCCGAGCACGUGCUCGAGCCGUUGGCCCCCGACAGCGCGGCCGAAAGCGGCUCGCCCGACCCGUCCGGUGCAACCAAGCGCGAGCGUCAAAUCAGCGUCCCGAGUCUCAAGCCGCCGCACGCCAGCAGCAGUCCCGUCUUUCCAAAGAGCGUGGUCGCCGAACGCAAACGCAUCAUUACGCGCCACUCGCCCAAGAAGAACUCGAUCGCGGCGCUUGAGUACCUCCAUCCGGGCGAGUCGGGUGCACUCGAAUUUGUCGAGUCGAGCGGCAACACCAACAUCAACCUCUCGGUCCCAGCGCUGCGCGACCAACUGCGCGAGCUCCGGAGCCGCCACGACAAGCUCAAGUUUCUCUCCAAGGAGCGCGCCGAGAUCCUUGCGACGCUCGAGGCCAAACUUUUGGAUGCAAGAGCCAACUCGUCGCAUCAAAAUCAAAACUCGCAGCUGCGCGAGCAGCUCGACGAGAGCAUCCGACUGGCGCUUCUCGAGGCGACGCACGGUCGCCAGAAGAGCGAUUACUACAAGACCAUUCUGCGCCAGUGCGAUUCCAACCCGGCGCGGGACCCAAACAUCAUUGAAGGCUCCGAGAGCAGCGUGCGCAAGAUGAAGCAGGACAUCACCGACCUCCAGCAAAAGGCACAGGUGAUCGGGUACGAGAGUCGCCUCGCGUCGAUCGAGAUCCCCAAGCUCACGGCCGCGAUCCAUGAAAAACUUGAGAUCCACCAGCUCACACUGUCACGGUUGCGUUGGCGCCACUUGCAGAUUGAGCGCCAAAUGGAAUGGGAGUCGCGCUUCCGUCUCGCGGGAAAGGAGAUGAAGAAGCAGGCGGAGGGCGACCUCUCGUCCGAGGAGGAGGUCGAGAUGCUCAUCCAGAUCAAGGAGAAGGAAGAGCUGAAGCACGACAUCAGCUGUCUUCGCGUCCAGAAAGCCGCCGACCUCAAGCUCUACAAGGGUGGCAACUUUAGCGACGAUGGGAUCCUCGGCAUGCUUCGGCACGUCGGCGUCAACGAGGCCGACCAAGUGCUGCUUCGGUGGCACGACCAGAACGAGCAUGCGGCGCAGCUGGCGGUCGAAGAGAGGGAGGCCGAGGCACGCGUGCAAGCGUGCCGGCACGAGCUCGAGGUUGUCCGUCUCGAGCUUCAAAGCUUAAAGCUCGGCCAAACGACCGCGACGCCAGUCAACAGUUCAAAGUUGGGCAAGGACGACGCACCGAAAGCACCAAGCGUCAAGCAGCUCGAGCAGCAGCUUUCCGACGCCUCUGCCUUGUCGCAGCGCAAGAAGCAGCGCGCCCAGCGGCUCAAGACGCUGUCUGAGAACUUGCAUUUGGGGCUGCUCCACAUUGCACACAUGCUUGGUCUCAAGAACGAUCAGGGCAUGGACACUGCGAUGCUCGUCGACGCGGUCGAGCAGAGUGUUCGCAGCCUCAUUGGCGACGACGCGACGGCGUCCGGCCCGCGAAAGAAGAUAACGGUGGCGGCGCCCGUCGGUCUCCGCGCCGAGAAGCCGCGCUACAACAUCCGCAACGCGUCGAGUGACGAGUCGGACGAGAAGGAGGCCGAGGAGCCGGCGCUCGAGCGGUCAACGAUCAAAGCCGGCGCGCUGCUCGAGGUGCAACGACACGCGAGCGACAAGCGUGGCGACCGCAAAAACGCCAAGAAGAAGAAGAAAUCGCCGUCCAGCGUCGACGCCACGUCGUAG